UUUCAUCUUCUUGGAGUCCUUCCAGCUCGUAAUGUUUUUCAUCUUACAGCCUUCGUUUUGGCUUUUCUACAGAUUUACAGGGUUUAUCGUUUUUAGUGACGUUGUAACAAUAUAAGAAAGAUUCAGGGAGUAGUCAUUGAACUGUUCCAUGGUCACUCUGGCCGAACCGCCCGGCUCAUCGUUCAGGCAGCGUGUUCCACCUCUGUAGGUCCUGUGACAAUAGUUCCGGUGUUUGGGACGGUUUUGGAACUUUUGCAUGCUAACUUGAAUCUGGAUUUUGGAGGCUGUAAUUGAUAGCUUUUUCUGAGUUUUCAUCUUGAAAGAAGAUUGGCUUGCUUCGAGAGUGAAAGCUUGCGAACUAGAGGUGUUUGAUAAUUCGCUUGAAGCUUCACAUUGUCAUCUCCAAGGUGCAGUGUGGACAGUGUCCGGCCUCUGUGACUCUCUUUAUAUAUAGUCUUCAGAACCUUCGCGAGGAGCGUGUUGGUAGAACAAGCUGCCACACACUCCAAGCAGAGCUUUCAAGAAGAUUGACAAUGGGGAUUCUGGAGUUGAAAACUGUAGCGCAAGCAAUGCUUGCUGCAUUGUGUUUAGCUAUGGUUGGCGUAACCUACGGUGCUACAUUCACUGAGCAGUUUAGCACUUUCUCCUCGGACGGAUAUCACGUGCAAGUUUCUCCUGAUGGUAAUGAGGCCAAGAUUGUGCUGGACCAGUACGCUGCUUCUGGAUUUGGAUCUAAACAGCAGUUUCUUUUUGGAAAUAUCACCAUGAAGAUCAAGCUUGUGCCGGGUGAUUCAGCCGGAACCGUAACUGCGUACUAUUUGUCGUCUGACCAGCCCGCACACGAUGAGCUCGACUUUGAGUUUCUAGGCAACACAUCAGGAGACCCUUACAUUCUGCAAACCAAUGUCUUCGCAAAUGGUAUUGGUGGCAGGGAGCAACGGAUCAACUUAUGGUUUGACCCGACUACGGAGUAUCACACUUAUGGUGUUUUGUGGAACCAGAAACAGAUCAUCUUCACCGUGGAUAAUAAGCCAAUUCGUUUAUACAAGAACAGCAGAGAUUUGGGCAUUGCAUAUCCCAACAGUAAGCCCAUGGGUUUAUACGCCAGCCUCUGGAACGGUGACAGUUGGGCAACACAAGGAGGUCUAGUCAAAACUAAUUGGACUCACGCACCAUUUAUUGUUUCGUUUAAAGAUUUCAGUUCGUUGGAUGGUUGCGUGGUUACUGACAACAACAUCAGUCCCUGCACUGCAACCACUACGCACUGGUGGGAGGCUUCCGCUUUCCAAACCAUUGACCGACACCAGGCGGAGCAAAUCCUGUGGGUGAAGGAGAAUUACGAGGUCUAUGACUACUGCAAAGACACCAAGCGAUACCCAACUGAGCCGAGUGAAUGUGCUCGUAACGUACCUCAGUUAUAGUUUACUGGUGAAUUGAUAUACACUAUUCUGUUACCUCCACGAAAGUUUUGGCGUUAAUCUCUUUUACCACGUAGUGUGCUGCCCAGAUUUUUUGUGGCAACCUCUAUCAAGAAAUUCCUGCAUCCUCUAUCAAGAAAAUUCUAGCUUAUACGAAGAUGACUAAAUUGUACGAUGGCAAUUUCCAAGGGUUAUAGGUAAUGAAAUAAGGAUAUUGGAUUUUGAAAUUCUAAGCCGGCUUAUUUUAUUAAAUAUAUCUUGAAAUGGGAGUCUCCAAUGCUCCGUGUACAAAAGUGUGGCAAAUUCGUAGACUGGUCAGAUUGUGGAGACCUUGGCAAUCCAUCAAUAAAAUCUGUUGUGAUGACAUUUCAUCUAGAAUUGUUAUUC